UAGAGAUACGCCCAACGGCGUGUUUGUUCGAAUCCUCAGGACUGCUGCAGCCAUUGUAAUGCAUUGUAUUCAAACAGAGCGCCUCGCGAUAUAAGGAGAUAAACAAGGUUGAGUCGACGCGCGACACGCCGCAUUCCCGGGCAUCGGAUUUACUGAGGACACACACAGAACCCAUCGCCGUUUUUUUUCACGCAUUCAUUUGAACGUUUUUAUUUCACGAAGACGUAGGUUUAAGAGACCCGCUUCGAUUUAGAUGGCCAGCUUCCCAUAUUUUGUCAACGAAAAUGAAAUAGGUAAAGCUAAGUUCAUCGGGGAACUCAUACCUCCUGUUGCUCCCUUCGACCAGAAGUCUGGACGGGAGACUUGGACUGUAGCUUUUGCACCUGAUGGUUCCUACUUUGCUUGGUCUCAAGGGCAUCGAAUUGUCAGACUUGUACCAUGGAAAAAAUGCUUAGCCAGCUUUUCUGUGAGCAAGGAAGACCGAACGAGUGGUGCAGGGCCUCAACGACUCUCUCGGCAGAACAUUGAGGGCAGUUUGGUGCCGGGCGAGCCCAGAGAGCACACCAUCGAUUGCGGUGACAUCGUGUGGGGCCUGGCUUUUGGCUCUUCUGUUCCUGAGAAGCAGAGUCGCUGUGUGAAUAUCGAAUGGCACCGCUUCAAGUUCGGUCAGGACCAGCUACUGCUGGCCACCGGCCUCAACAAUGGCCGCAUCAAAAUCUGGGACGUCUAUACAGGAAAGCUUUUGUUGAACCUGAUGGACCACACAGACAUUGUGCGGGACCUGACAUUUGCCCCAGAUGGCAGUUUAGUGCUGGUUUCUGCCUCAAGAGACAAGACUCUACGUGUGUGGGACCUUAAAGAUGACGGUAACAUGGUGAAAGUACUACGUGGUCAUCAAAACUGGGUCUACUGCAGUGCUUUCUCUCCUGAUUCAUCUGUCCUUUGUUCGGUUGGUGCAGGCAAAUCGGUCUUCCUGUGGGACAUGGAUAAGUACAUUCUGAUCCGUAAGCUAGAGGGCCAUCAUAAUGAUGUGGUGUCCUGUGAGUUUUCUCCUGAUGGGGCCAUGCUGGCCACAGCCUCCUAUGACACCCGUGUCAUAGUAUGGGACCCUCAUUCAGCUACUAUUCUGCUUGAGCUGGGGCAUCUCUUCCCUCCUCCCUCUCCCAUAUUUGCUGGAGGAGCAAAUGAUCGAUGGGUUCGCUCCGUUGCCUUCUGUCACGAUGGUCGGCACAUUGCCAGCAUCACUGAUGACAGGUUGGUGCGGUUCUGGAGCAUUGAUGAGAAGAGUCCUCAAGCCAUCGCUCCUCUCACUAAUGGCCUUUGUAGUGCCUUUUCUACUGAUGGAAGUGUCUUAGCUGCUGGGUCUCGCGAUGGCAGUGUGCAUUUCUGGGCUUGUCCAUGCAGCAUUGCAAGCCUCCAGCACCUGUGCCGCAUGGCCUUGCGGAGAGUCAUACCCACCCAGCAGGUUUAUACACUGCCCAUUCCUUUCUCCAUGCAGGACUAUUUGGCCUACAAGAUGCUUUAGCUUAGAACACAUACAACGGCACUCUGUUAAAGCAACGAACAUUUUUUUUUUUUUUCUGGAAAAAGGGGGUGGGAGACAAAAUAUUCUUUAAAAAAAAAAAAGAAAAAAAAAAGCUUAAUUGUUCAUGCAGACCUCAUGAUGAAAUAUUCAAUGUGAGGUCAGCAUUUGUCGUUAUUUAUUUUUACUUUUUAUAAGUUUACUUUUUUCAGCUGCGAAUCUCAUUGCUUUUUAUUUGUUGAGCUUUUUGCUGUCUUAGCCCAUAUCAGGUAGUGGCCUUUAGAUAGACUUAAUGUAACAGUGGACCACUUUUGCCUUUUUUUUUUUUUUUUUUUUUUUUUCUGACAAUUUAUACAGCACCUUAAUGGGCAGGUAAAUGAUGGAUAAUGCUGGGUUACAGUGGUGCUUUCUCUUGCUCAGUUUAGGGUGGUUCUCUUCCUGCACUGAGUUUAAGAGUCAUAAUGGGGGAUAGUUCUCAGUGUCUCCUAAAACCUUUUCAGUGUUUUCUUUUACUUUGCUGACUGUGAGAGGGAUUGAAGGGAAGUGACAAUUAUGUGAAAGUGUGUCUGUCUGUGUGUGAGAGGGAAAGGUUUCUGUGAUGGGACUGAAUUUGGUAGUUCAGGGACAAGGGCAGUGCCUCCUCUUUACGUGCCUCUCUAGAAAAUAAACUCCCAGUGCUCUAAGCACAUCCUGCAAACGCUAAUGCUGCCUCAGUAAUGGACUUCAUCUCCACAAACCUGAAAAACUACAGUAACACAUGGGCUCAUUUGUCUAAUGCAAAAACAAUUUUUUUUUACUUGUACAGAGAUUUGUAAAGGCACAGUUUUUGUUCAUUGUGUGUUUUUAUAUAAUGCAUAUGUAGCUCUCUUUUCAUCAUUGCAUAUUGCUUCUAUUGAAAGUCUGCUCUCUGUACAUAAUCUCUUGUGCGAUGAUGAUAAUCUGUAGGGGAAUGACACAAAGGAUUGCUUUAAGCUGAGACUGGUGUGUUAGAGGGGAAAAAAUGCCAGCCAGUUUUAGGACCAAUGAUGAGAUUGCCUACACUGCUGCCACAUUUCCUGUUCAAAAACGGUUACCACCCACUUCCACUUAAUGUAUUUGCUUUCAAGUAUAUGACACUAAGUAACUGUGGAGGGCCAGGCCCCACACAUCACUUUGUCCUGCCCAUUACCUCUUAACUCUAAAACUCAUGUUCAAACUUCAGUCUAUUAGUCCUUUGGCAUUCUACAAGACAACAAAACAGUUUUAACAGAGACAAAGUGUGAUUUAUGGAGAUGGUUGAUGUCGUAUCUACCUCUUAUAUUGAGGAAAUUGGUAAUAUUGGGGCCAGAGAUCAUGGGAUGUCCUGUUUGUUUGGUUGUUUGGUUGUUGAUUGUAUAUGCAUGUGGACCUGUCUGGCAAAACCCUGGUAGUGACAUGGGGAGUUCAGACUGUUUAAAAUAAUUGGUUAUAUUUAGGAAUAUGGGAUUUAGAAUGUGGCAUAUUCAUCUGGUCAUGCAGUCAAAAAUAGUCUUGGCAAUAAAAUGUGUUAACCACAAAGCUGAUGCCAAAGAUCCCCAUGGGUUCUUAUCGUUGUGAGUGGCACUCGGUCAAUUUCUCUUCCCCCCUCCAUUUAUGGCUGAAACUUGAAAGUCCUGUAUGUUUAUGUAUUUAUGUUGUUCUGCUUGGGUGUAUGAAGAAUGCUGAUAUAACAGAUUGGGUUUUGGUUCAAGACCGCUUCCUUUUUAGUAGAUGUAGAAGGGAUACAUAUAUGCACUAAAGCGUUGCAGGCAAAAUGUUACUAUUGCAGUUCUUUAGGGUAUGGUGGUAGUAGUUAUUAAUUAUUCAUUAAUUUUAUAGAGAAAAUGUUAAUUUGUCCAACUGAUUCAGAUAGAAUGUCUAAACUAUGCUUUGCUCACCAAAAGCAACUGAACCGUUCACAAAAAAAGUUGUUUCACAAGAAUGUACGUUUUCCUCCAGUAAGUAGGGUUUUUGCUUGUUUGUUUUAUGAUUGUUGUUGUUGAAAUAAAGGAGUUUCUGAAACA